CCCGCCGGCGGCAGCGCCAACUCCGCUCGCACCUGCGGCUCAAACUUUUGUGAGGCGGCUCCCGGAGCGGCGGGAACCCGGCCGGAGCCGUCCCCCCUCCAGCCCAGCUCGGCCCUCGGCUUCCUGGGGCCCCCGUGGGCGCCAGGAGGCUCCACGGGAGCCGAGUGAGGGCUGGGGAGGGGGAGGCGGUGGAGAGCGUGCAGGCUGCUGGGCGCGGGGGCGGCCGGGCCGCGCCGGGGUCACUGGGGGCAAAGGACGGGGGAAGGGGGGAAGGGCGCGGGGCGCGGGCUGGUCCGAAGGCGGGUGUGUGGUUACAGAAGGGCUGCGCGAAUACUUCGGCCAGUUCGGGGAGGUGAAGGAGUGUCUGGUGAUGCGGGACCCCCUGACCAAGAGAUCCAGGGGUUUCGGCUUCGUCACUUUCAUGGACCAGGCGGGGGUGGAUAAAGUACUGGCGCAAUCGCGACACGAGCUCGACUCCAAAACAAUUGAUCCCAAGGUGGCCUUUCCCCGGCGAGCACAGCCUAAGAUGGUGACUCGAACGAAGAAGAUCUUUGUUGGGGGGCUAUCAGUAAACACCACGGUGGAGGACGUGAAGCAAUAUUUUGAGCAGUUCGGGAAGGUGGACGAUGCCAUGCUGAUGUUCGACAAAACCACCAACCGGCACCGAGGGUUCGGCUUUGUCACAUUUGAGAGCGAGGACAUCGUGGAGAAAGUGUGUGAAAUCCACUUCCAUGAAAUCAACAACAAAAUGGUGGAAUGUAAGAAAGCUCAGCCAAAAGAGGUGAUGUCACCGACGGGCUCGGCCCGGGGGAGGUCUCGAGUCAUGCCCUACGGAAUGGACGCCUUCAUGCUGGGCAUCGGCAUGCUGGGUUACCCCGGUUUCCAAGCCACGACCUAUGCCAGCCGGAGUUAUACAGGCCUUGCCCCUGGCUACACCUACCAGUUCCCUGAAUUCCGUGUAGAGCGGACCCCUCUCCCGAGCGCCCCAGUCCUCCCCGAGCUUACAGCCAUUCCCCUCACCGCUUACGGACCCAUGGCAGCAGCGGCGGCGGCAGCAGCUGUGGUUCGAGGGACAGGCUCUCACCCCUGGACGAUGGCUCCCCCUCCAGGUUCGACUCCCAGCCGCACGGGGGGCUUCCUGGGAACCACCAGCCCUGGCCCCAUGGCCGAGCUCUAUGGGGCAGCCAACCAGGACUCAGGGGUCAGCAGUUACAUCAGUGCUGCCAGCCCCGCCCCCAGCACUGGCUUCGGCCACAGUCUUGGGGGCCCCUUGAUUGCCACAGCUUUCACCAAUGGGUACCACUGAAGCAGGAGACAGGUGGCAGGAGCACCCCAGCCUGCAGCUGACUGAGGACCACGAGUGAGCCAGCGAGGGGGCGGGGACACCUCAGCCGCAGCCGCCGCCCCCUCCCCCGCAGCGACUCGGACCGCUACUGCCUGCCCCCCACUCCCUGGGCCCCGGCCCCUGCCCUGCUGCCCUCGAUGGAUGUGUGGAUGUCCCGUCGUCUGGCUCCCCUACUAACCUCCCUCUCUGCCGCCCCUGGCCCACUUUCCCCACCUGCCCUGUCCUGCCCGCUUUUAUUUAUUUUGGAUUAGCCGGUUGCCCCCACCCUCCCCCGGUUCUCCCCUCUCCUCUCGGAUCUGCGCCCCCGGUCUCCCUGCCGCGCCCCAUAGGACACCCCCAAGAAGGCUUUUGUAUUUGUGCAUAGCUAGAGUGAGGGCAGAGGGGGCCUGCUGCAGGCCGCAGCCACAACCCUGGUUUUUUUUAUUCUGAUUUUCCCUCCUUUUCUCUCUUUUUUUUUUUUAAAGAAACUGUUUUUUUUUAAACUAUUUCUAGGUUUGUGAAUGUGAAGCCCCAGGCCACAGGGGGCAAGGGGCCAGGUGCCCCCCACCAGCUUAGAACAAAAUGUCUAUGUGGGUGUGGGCCCCUGGCCACCUCCCUCCAGCCCUGGAGAGGAGGACAGGGCUGUGCAGGCCAGGCCGAGCCCCUGGACCACCCCGUCCUGUAUCAUAUGUAAAUACUGUGAGGUGAGGCCCCCACCCAUCUCUCAGAUCCCUUGGGGGUGAGGGCAUUGCCUCGCCCCACCCAGCAAAGGUCUCCCCUGUGUUUCUGUCCCUUCCUCAGACACCGUUACUGUAAGCUUGCAGGCCUCAAUUGUGGCCGAGGCAGGCCCUCUCUCUCAGGCCCUAGGGGUCAAGACCUUGGGCCCACUCACCCCGAAAACCCAGUGUUGGGGCAAGGGAAGAGAAGGGCUCGCCCGGAGCCACUGCUGGAAAGGAAUUAACUCUCCAAAGGUCUCCCCCCACCCCCUACCUAGUCGGGCCUUCAUGGUUUCUGCCCUGAGCCCCCCAUGAGUGGGCAUCAGGGGGCACUUUGGGAAGGGGCAGACCCCAGGGGAAAGCAAAGGGCUUCUCAGGGAACCCCCACAUUUUUCUCACUGAAGUUCCCCACCAGGAUGGUCCAGUGGCCAGAGCCCCUUGGCAGCCCCAAGCCCCCGAGUCCCCUUCAAAGGAAAACAAGGCUCAGGUCCUGCCUGUUCGUGAACAGUGAGUGACCAGGCCAGUGUGGCAGGGCUGAGGCCCACCUGUCAUUGUCCCCCUCUGUGUCCUUCUCCCCCAGGUCUGAGGCUGGGGACCUAAGCUUCCUUCCCCAUCAUAGUUCUCCCACUUUAAAACCCCCUUUGGAGAGUUAAUUGUGUGAGGUGCUUAACCUAUCAGCCCCAAGAUCACAAAGCAAUAAUCUUUGUUACUGAGAUGCGCGGCUGUUCGUGGGUUUUUUUUUUUUAAUGUUUCCUAAUAAAAGAGAAGCUGCAUUUUAUUGGUUUUUAUUUUUAAUUAAUUUUCUACAUGUUUGAGCUGAGUCACAAGAGACUUAGCUUCCCUCUCCCCACUUCCUGUGAUCCCUCCCACCCUGCUGGGCCCACCCAUGGGCUCAGGGCCCUGGAAUUCUGUUUUCUGAUUUGUUUGGGAAAUUUUUUUAAAAAGAUGUUACAUGGUGUUUCGAAGCCAGCAAGUUACCACCCUCCGGUGUCUCUUCUCUCCACAUCUGUAACUUCUUUUUCCAGGUUUUAUUUUCAGUUUUAAAUUCCUAAUAAAUUAUUUGAAAAUGGG